AUGAGCUGACUCCGUGGCCUGUCACCAGCACCGCGGCCGUUGACUUUUCUGCUUUAAUUCCCCAUCCCCAGCUCCCGAAUCCUUCGUCUCGUCUCCACACGCAACAGCACCCGAGCAGAGAGAAGCCAGAGAGCAAUUGGCAGCGAGCCAGCGAGGGCAGGAGGCAAGAAGAAGCGGCGUCGGCGUCGGCGUCGACGGCAUGGACCGGAACCUGAGUGGGUUCCUGAUCGGGUGCGUGGGCACCGCCGUGACGCUGCUGGCGUACCAGCAGACGGCGGUGACCAGCACGCAGUGCGUCGCCGCGGGCUUCGUCGUCAUCCUCUUCGCCCUCUUCGUCAAGGAAGGUUUCCUUUCCCUCUGAAUCUCUGAUGCGCCCCAGCCAUGUGGGACUCGGGAGGCAUCAUCGCCCUUCGUCUUCGUCUCCGCUGCUUGCUAGUUCAGCCCCGCAGCUGCGGCUGUGCUCCUCAGGUUUUUGGAAAAACACUGUGAUGUUAACAUUUAUGUAGUGCUUGGUUGAGUCAUGUGACAUGAAUGAUUCUUGCUGGCUGAAGAGUCUGCUGUAUAUGGGAAUUGAUGUAUCUUAAUACUCGCUC